AUGGUCAUCGGCCUUAUCAUCAUGGGCGUCAUUGCUGUCGGCGUAGAAACAGACAUCGACCGCUCCCUCAUCGACCAAUCCCGAUACCUCGAAUCCAGCCUCCUAGGCUGGCAACUUAUCUACAUCCUCCCUGUCGCCAUUUUGUCAAACGACUUCUUCCUCUCAGGCUUCUGGAUGCGUACUUUCGCCGCUCGCACGGACAGGGAUCUCUGGAUUGGUGUCUCACUCGCCAGUAUGGGCGUACUGAUUAUCCUCACUCUGCUAGGUGUGGGAGGAAUGCUUGCAGCAUGGUCUGGUGCGUAUACCAUUGGCGACGAAGAAAACGGCUCUUUGGCCUUCUUCUUGUUGCUAGAACGGCUGCCUGCGUGGGUUGUCGGUGUUGUUCUCGUCAUGACCAUCUCGCUUUCCACUGCUGCAUUUGACUCUUUCCAAUCGGCCAUGAUCAGCACGGGAAGCAAUGAUUUCUUCCGCAACAAACUCAACAUCUGGAUCAUCCGCGCGUGCGUUGUGGCGCUCAUCUUCCCUGUUGUCGUCGUGGCUCUGCGCAGUCCCGAUAUCCUGCAAAUUUUCCUAAUCAGUGAUCUUGUCAGUGCAGCGGUUGUACCUUGCCUCGUCAUCGGGCUGAGCGACAAGUUUUACUUCUACCGGGGUUUCGACUUUGUUAUUGGAGGCCUUGGGGGUAUCUUCACCAUCUUCUUGUUUGGGCUUGUCUACUACAAUGGCGAUGUCACUCUAGCCGGGAACUUGCUGUUGUUGGAAGGUGGAUUGUACGCAAAUGACUGGAGCGCUUUCGGUGCUUUCGUAGCAGCGCCUUUCGGAGGUCUUCUUUGGGCUUUUGCUGCUUGCGCUCUCCGCAUCGGGUUCCUCUGGAUCAAGGCCAAGUUUCAGGGUCGUCGCUUCGACGCGUUUGACCGACCUCUUCCACGAAACAUCGAUAGACCUGGUGCUUUCGACGAGCACGAUGGUGAGGCUGUGAUUGAGCAUAGCAGCAUCGAGAAUGGCAGCAACGGGAAGUUCUUUUAA